AUGCUAUGACGUUGUAGGAACAUGGCGCCUCUGAGGAGAGGUGGUGCCUGACAGUUUGGACUAUUGAUAAAAUAUUACGUGUGAAUAAAUGUAGAGCACUGCCGGCAAAGCGUAUUUUUCUAAAUAUUAUUGUUCUAGAAAGGUAAUAGACCUUUUCUAUUUUUCAUGGAUAAUGAAACGGCAUUGUUUGAGGCAUUGAUAGCUCAUGUUAGCUUGUCGUUGCUAUUGACGCUAGCCAACGCGUUUAGUCAUAAUACAAUGUUUGCGGUGCGGGCAUUUUCAUUUAGCCUGUAGAUAUAGCUAUGUAUUUAACUUAUUAUCAAUGAAAUUUACAUUUUAUUUCGUUUAUUAGUAUUAAGUUAUAAUUUGACGAUUUUGGAUUCUCAUUAGCUAGUUAGCUAGCUAAGCUAAAAAGGAUGGGGAACCGUCAUGGAUUUGUGUUGUUGCUGGCGACUGGAAUUUUUCUGUCGGCGUUAUUUCUGGCCGAAGGUGCUCCGCUUCCGUAUUCUGACACAACAGGGGAGACUGCAGGUGGCCAGCCGUCUGUCUCUCUACACCUCUCUGUGGUUGUGUCACUGAGUGCCCUGCUUGUCCUGGUGGCCCUGCUGGUGAACUGUGUGACCUGCUGCAAGGAGCGUGAAGUCAAUUUCAAGGAGUUUGAGGACAAUUUUGAGGAUGAGAUUGACUUCACCCCUCCAGCUGAAGACACCCCCUCCAUGCAAUCCCCUGCUGAGGUGUACACCCUGGCAGUGCCCCCUGUGGCCCUGCCUGGACCCCCCCAUCUGGAGACACCCCCCCGUAUCUCAGUGGGAUCCACUGGCCCUCAGGUGGUCCGUCACAGUCUCAGCUACAUCCAGGAGAUAGGGAACGGCUGGUUUGGCAAGGUCCUCCUCAGUGAGAUCUACACAGACCCGGGUGGGGCCAAGGCGGUGGUCAAGGAGCUGAAGGCUAACGCAAGUGCCAUGGAGCAGAAUGACUUCUUGCAGCACGGAGACCCUUACAGAGUUCUGGUGCACCCUAACAUCCUGCAGUGUUUGGGCCAGUGUGUGGAGGCUAUCCCCUUCUUGCUGGUCUUUGAGUACUGCGAGCUGGGGGACCUCCGGAGCUACCUGUCUCAGCAGGAUUGGAUGUUCCGAAAUGCUGAGCUGCUGCAGCUGCAGAAGAUGGCCUGUGAAAUCGCUGCUGGUGUCACCCACCUCCACAAACACAACUUCCUGCACAGUGACUUAGCCCUGAGGAACUGCUAUCUGACUGCAGACCUGACGGUCAAAGUGGGAGACUAUAGCAUCGGCCCCUACAGAUACAAGGAGGAUUACAUCAUCACAGAGGACGACGAGUCGGCGCCCCUGCGCUGGAUGGCCCCGGAGCUGGUGGGGGAGCGCCAUGGGGGCGUGAUCACUCUGGACCAGACCAAGCCUGGCAAUGUGUGGGCCUUGGGGGUGACUCUGUGGGAGCUGUUUGAGAACGCUGCCCAGCCCUACCCUCACCUGUCUGACCGUGAGGUCCUGAACCACGUCAUCAGGGAACAGCAGAUCAAACUGUUGAAACCACAGCUGGAGCUGCCCUACUCUGACAGAUGGUAUGAGGUGCUACAGUUCUGCUGGCUGACUCCAGACAAGCGGGCCACGGCCGAGGAGAUCCACCGGCUGCUCACCUACCUGCGUAUGCAGGGCCAGAAGGAUGUGGAGGACGACUUCCAGCAGCGCUGGGACUCCCUCAAGCCCAACCCUGUCACACGCCAGACCACCGUCAGCCACUCCUCCUACCCCAUUCUGGAGCAGUUCGCAGAUGACGCCCUGCGGGCCGAGGUGGACGAGGUGCUCACCGUCACUGAGACCAGCCGUGGCCUGAGCUUCGAGUACGUGUGGGAAGCGGCCAAGCACGACCAUUACGAUAGCAGCAGUGGCCAUGGACGCUCGGCCAUGGACACCACGCUCAACUAUCACAGCAUGUUCUUCCCCGUGCCCAGCGAGGACAUUCAGGCCCACUUUCCAGACCCCGCAGCCCAGGACGGGGGGCUCCGACAGCAGGAACACCCAUUCGGCAAUCCCGGGAUCCUUCCCGUGUUUGACGCUCACAAACCAGCCAAUGGAAAUGAGUACUACAUCCAGUUGGAGGAGCAGGGGGAGAGCACCGUGGAGGAGAACAGAGGUCCGGAGGUAGACACAGUUUCAGACAGGCAGAAAUUUGUCACCCUCCAAGACGUCCGCUUGGAUGAGUCCAGCACCGAUGCAGACUUCUUCCACCACAGCAUAGACUCUAAGGACUCGUACCUCCAGGACAGCCACAUUUGGUCGUCCAGUGAGCAUGACAGCCCCUACCACACCAACAUCUUCAGCGAAGGAGACUCCAGACAGGACUCUCAUUCCUGGAACAGGGGCUUCAUGGAGCUUCCAGAACUCAACGGAAAUGGUUUCCAGAGAGUGGAGUCUGUAGAGGGGCAGGCCCAGGGAACAGAAAAGUGCUUUCGGAAUUCUUUUUUAGGGGAGCGCCAUUCAGAGGUCAUCCUCCAGGACUCUUUAGAGGAGGCAGAGGGGGAGGGAACCCCGGAUGUGAUGAGGCUACUGAACACUGAGAAACUAGCAGACAACUUCAUGUUCCUCAAAGAGAAGAGCCUGAUGAAGGAGGGCUCUGGUAUAUCAGGGAAAAGUAGUGGGAGUCAACAACUGGACUUCCUCCAACCUGGUCUAACCCACAUCCCCGAGCACAGUUUCAGAAUGAACUCUUGGGAUGAUGAUGAUGAGACCAUAGAUGGCAUAAACGUAGCAGAGAUCCCCAUAAAACCUGUGGAGAGCAACAUGUCCCCAGCAGAGGAGGAACUUUUUGACUUUAUGAGUCCCAGUUUUGUGGAUUUCCUGCAACCUCUAGCAGACCCUAAAACACUGGUGCCUUCAAAUACACUGGUAACAGAGGACAUCUGUAGCAACCAGCUGCCAAUUAGAGAACUGCUGCAGCAGUCCUCUAAUAUGAUGGACUCUGCUUUUGACUCUACCUCUGAGAGGGCUGAGGUCCCUGUUAUUAGUUCAGCAAAUAUCCACCAGUCUCCCACACUCCUCUCUGAAAGUGCCACUACAGACCCCCUGUGCAUGGAUGCCAAAAACCCCAGCCUUGAAGACCGCCUCAGAGCCUCAGAGGAUGACUGUGUUGAAUCAAUAGGAAUCAAAGAGCCAACAGACGACCCGCUAAGCUCUCCCCCAGUCUAUGUCAGUGAGAUUGCUGUUGACAAUGGCCUGACCAGUGAAAGCUUUACCAGUGAUGAUCUGCUGAGCGACCUGGUUGAAGAUGAUACAGAGGCCGAAAUGGACACCGUCCUCUCUGAGCAUGAACAUGACAACGAGCACGACAGGUCCUCUCUGCUGGUCUCUGGUCCUUCCAUGGACCAGAUCAGCCAGGACAGCCUACUGGAGGACAGUGUUUCCACCACUCUGCCCACUGUGGAGAACUCAGCCGAGACACCAGACUCCCUGGACAACAGCCACAUGCUGGAGGAGUCUGUCGAAGAGCUAAACACCCCGGCAGCCCCUCACAAGCUCCAGCCCCCGUACAAAACAGCCGACAGCGGCUACGAGACAGAGAACCUGGAGUCUCCAGAGUGGAACUCUCAGCCCAUCAUCAAAGACCACUUCUCAGAGGAAAACGGUCUGAGUUUGGCCGAGGAGGAGGAGGAGCCAGCAGCGGCUACCAUGCUGGUUCCCCCUGAAAUCAUCGUCUCGGAGGUGGAGACUCAGGACGGUGAGGACCAGCAGGCAGAGUCCAUCGCCCCUGGAGAGGAAUCUUUCAUGGGAGGCAACUACAGAGACUCUGCUUACUUCUCUGACAACGAGUCCGAGCCCGAGAAGAAGUUUGAAGAAGCCAUCUCGCCAACUGUGGACAUCAGUGGCUGUGUUUCUGGAGGUCCAUCUGUUCUUCCUGAAGUCACAGAGGAGGAGCAUCUAGAGUCUUCUGCUGGGUCACAGUCUCCCAUUGCUCGAGAAGCUCUGGUUGAUAUCAGAGUGGAGAAGGCCGAGCCUCAGCCCCUGGAAGGGACCAGUCUCCCUGUGCUGAUCCUCACCACAGAGGAGGACUGGGAGAAGACUUCACCUGUGUCCAUCGACGGCAGUGUGGACGAAACCGGGACACUGGAGUUCUUCCCUGACUUCAGGACUCACAGUCACUCAGAGUCCAGCGGAACUUCCACCGAGGACCUGGAAAAGCCUCCAUUGCCUGCUGUUGCUACCUCAACAAAACCUUUUCCUGAGAACAUACCGGUACACGCUAAGCUAACCAGGACCUACGCCAGUGAGAUCACCCCCAAGUUGAAGGAGCCCGACAUGGAGGGGAGGUACCUGGGCAGGCGGGACGGCUCUGAUGGGCAGGAGGACGGAGGGGAGGCAGACGAAGAGGACGAUAACAGCGAUGACUCAGAUGAUGACAUGCGGGCGUACCGGCUGCACAGCUCCAGCGAGGACAGCGAGGACGACACAGUGCACCCGGUUCCCGUUAUAGUCUCGGAUGACAGUAGAGCGCGGAACCUCAAGAGCCUGCUGAAGGUCACCCGCAGUGCCAAACCCUCCAUGCCAUCAGGGGGCAGUGAUUCAGACAGUGCCAGUAGAGCUGUAUCGUUCUUCGACGAUGUCACUGUUUUCCUUUUCGACCAGGAGACCCCCACCAAGGAGCUGGGAGACCAUUCGUCAGGUUCCAACAGCCAGGUGUCAGAGUUCAGCAGCCCUGUGCCCACGGCCAGCUACCUGAAUAGGUUCACCAACUCCACAGAGAGCUCCACAGAUGAAGAAGGCGGUGGGUUUGAAUGGGAUGACGACUUCUCGUCCCCGGAGCCUUCGGUGUUCCUCUCCAAGGCAGCUUCGGACCUGGCCGUUUCUAAGACAAUGUCCCCUUCGUCUACGGCCUCGCACUACUUUUCCCCUCCCCCUCCCGGGGGCUGCACCCCGGAGCCCAGCUGGAGCAGCUCCAACUACUCCCGCUUCUCCAUCUCCCCGGCCAGCAUCGCCAGCUUCUCCCUUACACACCUCACUGACUCAGACACCGAACAAGGAGGCAAGUGGGAGUGCACCAACACAAACAAACAGAAAAGACAGGAAGCAGUGAAGAAGGAGAUAAAGACUAAGGUGCAUGUGGAAGGGACUGUUUCCCCCCACAACGUCAGGUGAAUGUAGGAGAGCUCAACAUGCAGGCUAAAGACGGAUGAUGACACGGUGUUAUGAAGGCCGUGGAUGCUUCUCUUCUCAGGCAGAACUACACCCCCGCCCCAAGAGGUGGCCAUGAAGAGAACUUGAAACAGACUGAGCCAGAGGCUCCAACAGCCAACAACACCCUCAACAAAAUCCCCUUCCUUCCACCAAAAGCCUCUUAGCCUUGUUCUCUUCUCUCCCCUCCUCCCCCCAUCAGUGCAAUGCAGCAGGAAGAACUGACCUAACUUUGUUUGCUUUGAGACUUGUCGAGCGCAUUCCAAGUGUUUGGUUAAUGUCCUCCUCUCCUGAGGGGAUUCUGUUUCACCCCAAAAAUACUUUUAUUUUGAAGCCCUGAUUGAACCACAGUCCCUGUGUCUGCAAUCAAAUAGGAAUAAUGAGCUCUUUGGAUCAGGCGAACUAAAACAGCAAGGCCCUUGGGUGUAACACUGCACGAUUAUUACAGGAGUUGCCUUUUGGAAAUGUAUUUGUCAGGUCUACUCAUCAAGUGUGUGUAUGCUUCAACUGGAGAUGAUUAAGACUGGAAGAGGUAUAUUAGGAACUUAAGGAACCAAGUUUUGGUGAUUGACUCAUUCACUGUCCAUGAGCCCCUGCUUGGUUGCUAUAGGAACAGUCAGUGUUCUAGUGAGAACCUUAGAAUGUUAGUGUUAUGGAACAGGAGGUCUGACAGCAUUAGUUCAUUCAGUUAAACACCAUCAGUAGAAGAAUUGGAUAAGGGAACAUUGUCACGGUUUGAAUUAACAGUAUGGGACUUCAAGGUUUGUCCAGUUUCUUCACCAAUCAAUGGGUCUUAUCGUAGUGCCUAUUUCAUACUGAUUACGCUGUAUACAAAAAUAUCCUCUCACUCCAGGAAUCACAUGAUUAAGGCAAUAUAUUUUGUCCUGACACAAGCCUAGUGACUGAGUUUGAAUUGUCCAUGUUUUGUGAAACAAAUGUGCAAUGAGUACCUUUUUGAUUCAUUUUGUGGGUCUGAGUUUAAUAGGAGCAGCCGGUAGGGAUGUGGCAGUGUCCCAAACGGGGCUUUUUGGGAUGCAGAUAAUUUCUCUGGUACUGUACAGGGGUCUUACAUUAACUCAACCAAGACAGACAUGCCUGUUCUGUUUGGUUUACUAUGUCAAACCAAUUCUACACGGGUUAUUCACUAACUACUGCAUGUGACACAGCCAAGGUAAAGAAUACCUUAAGGAUUGUUGCCAUAGCGCCACUCAACGGACUGUCUCCGGUAUGAUGUAUAUAAACUAUUAUUUAGCUGGAUCAGUAAGGUGAGCUUUUCAUGGUCUCUGUUCCUGUAGGUCAAACCCUUCUUCCAGACUCAAUGGGUUCUACACAGAUGGAACAAUGUAUAGCUAUUGGUUUAGUGACUUGUCAAGGUUUCCCCUGAUUUAAGUCUUCAGAUACAUAAACCUUUUCCUCGCCUCCAGUGUUCUAGACAAGGUUAACCUCUUCACUACCAGCAGCCUGUGUUCUUUCAGUUAUUUUAUUUAAGGAAAUCCUGUUUUAUUCUACAGUAUAUACAUUUGCUUAAUCUUGCACAUUUGAGAAGGCUAACUUAAUGUUGAACUGUACUGAUGUAUAUAAGUGUUUAAUUUUGUCUGUACAUGGGGAAUGAUGUAAUCAAGUCCUAGGUAUGAGGUUAUUUUGUCGUUUAAAGAGUAACAUAUCACGGUAAGUGACAACGGUUCAAUUAAAAGGUGCUACACAAGAAUUAAUUGUAAUUUCAGAAAAUGUCCGUAUCUGCUUUAACAGUGGAAUAAUAUGUAACGGCGACUACCCUGCUAGCGUUUUGAUUGCUGUGGAGUCCUGACUACCAUCUACUGGAAAUCGCUCAGUUUGAAAUAUUUGGGCCAGCUUUAAAAAGAUAUCAGAAUUUAGAUGGUACACAGUGGUUUUUGAAGUGUAGAAAUGUAAACACAUCCAGUCAGAACAGCUUUCCCAUUAUGACAAGCUGCCACUCCGUCAGGUAAGUAAUACUAUUCCACUAUUAGCGCCAGACACUUCCGAAAAUUACGUCACAAAAAUCCUAUUGUGAAGCACCUUAAGACAAACAGGAAAAUCCAUUCUGUCCAUAACUGUAAAUUUUACAAAUUGUAAUAUUUUUACUUCAUAUUGAUGAUCAUGCUUAGUGUAUUUGAAUGAAAUGUUUAAUAUGGAAAUAAAUGCACAUUUACUUCUAUA